AUGGAGUAUAUCGGAAAAUAUUCCAAUUAUGCCUGGCCAAAUCGAGAAUUGUCUGCCGUGGUGCCAGGGAAUAUUGUUCUAGGGGCCUUGCACAUGAUUCAUGAACGUAGCGAGGAUAAGAUUUGUGGACGGAUAAUGCCCCAGGGUGGGAUUCAAGCUCUAGAGACGAUGCUGUAUACCCUGGAUUAUAUAAAUAACCAAUCUAAUUUUUUACCCGGAAUAAAACUGGGAGUCUUAGCUAAAGAUGAUUGUGAUCGAGAUAUUUAUGGCCUAGAGCAGUCAGUGGAUUUUAUUAAAGGCUCCAUCGCCAAUAUUGGAGGAUCGUCUUAUAAAUGUCGAGAUGGGUCUCUACCAGAGAACGACGUGAAAAUAAUUGCUGGAGUGCUCGGGGCCCCGUCUAGUGUCACUUCUAUUCAAGUGGCUAAUCUAUUAAAGCUGUUUGCAAUCCCCCAGAUCAGCUUUUUCUCGACAAGUCCAGAAUUAAGUAAUACAGACCGAUUCCCGUUCUUUCUUCGGACCAUUCCUUCCGACAUCAACCAGGCCCAGGCCAUGGUGGAGCUGGUCAAACUCUUCAGGUGGACCUACGUCUCAGUCGUGUACGAGGAAUCCAGCUACGGCAUGAAGGGUUUCAGUGAAGUUGACAAGUUGUUGAAAGAGGCUGGAGUUUGUCUUGCGGCGGCUGAGAUUCUAAUGAAAGACUCCGGCGUGGCGGUGAAUGAAGAAUAUGACAAGGUCGUUCAUAGAUUGCAGAGGAAAGGAAAAGCCAAAGGUGUAAUAGUGUUCGGAUCCGACCAAGAAGUGGGGGAGUUUAUGAAAGCUGUCAAGAGAAUGGGGGCUACUGGUGACUUUACGUGGAUUGGUAGUGAUGGUUGGGGAGCUAGAGGAUUGGCAUAUCGGGGCAAAGAAAGCGAGGUAGAAGGCGCGAUUACUGUUCAGCCGCUAGCAGUGGAAGUUCCGGGCUUUAAAAGAUACUUCAUGAAUUUACGACCGGAAACCAACAAACGUAACCCGUGGUUUAUUGAGUAUUGGGAACAUCAUUUUAAAUGUAAAUAUCCGGGAAGCUUAUGGACUCCACUCAACGAAGAGUACAACCAAUCCUGUACAGGAAAAGAACAAAUUGAUGAAAGCAACGGUUUCGAGCUUGAAGCUCAGCUACAGUUUGUCAGUGAUGGUGUCUUGGCGUUUGCUAACGCUGCUAAGAGGAUGCAUAAAGAUCUGUGUGGAGGGCGAUAUGGAUUAUGUCCAGCCAUGGACCCAAUCGAUGGUCGAACAUUUAAACAAUAUCUUCUAGAUGUCCGCUUUAAAAGCAUGGCCGGUACGGAGUUCCAGUUUUUACCCAAUGGAGAUGGUCCAUCUCGUUAUAGGAUCUUAAACUUCGUCCAAACCUCACCAGGAAAAUAUGAAUGGCGAACCAUUGGAUUCUUCAGAGAUGGAAAUCUUACUAUAGAUACCCCACCGAUCUUCCGAUAUGAAAACCCGGUCCACCCCAGUUCUGAAUGUGCUAAACCUUGUACAGCCACUCAGGCCGUCAUCGGAAACAACUCGUGUUGCUGGCAAUGCCGGGACUGCUCCAAAUACCAGUACCUUCCGACCAGGAACGCUUGUAUGGAAUGUCCAUGGGGAUCCGUCGCUUCAACUAACAAAAAAUAUUGCGUUUCGAUUCCGCAACGUUACUUACGUUACGACGACGGCAUUUCUAUCGGAGCCAUGGGAUUAGCGGCGCUUGGUAUUGUCAUAACGUGUUGGGUAGCCAUUGUGUUUUACCGACAUCGGGAAACGCCCGUAGUUAAAGCCUCCGGUCGUGAAUUGAGUUUUGUGCUUCUUGGUGGAAUUUUCAUGUGUUAUUCCAUGACAUUUGUGUUGGUGUCAAAACCGCUAACGAUGACGUGUGGUGCUCAAAAAAUUGGAAUCGGUUUGUGUUUUUCUGUGUGUUAUGCAGCCAUCUUGACAAAAACUAACCGAAUUUCUAGAAUAUUUGAAGCCGGACGAAAAACUACGAAGCGUCCGAAAUUUAUUAGCCCUGAAUCUCAGCUGGUGAUUUGUGGAGGUUUAGUGGCUUGCCAAAUCGUAAUAAGCUUAAUUUGGUUAUUAAUUAGUCCGCCAUUAGCGAUGGCGUAUUACUCCAAUAGGGACGAUCAUCAGCUCGUCUGUUCCGCAGCCAUCGGAAGCGGCUACAUGAUCGGCUUCAGCUAUCCAAUAUUUUUAAUUAUAAUUUGUACAAUUUAUGCAAUUUUAACUCGCAAAAUUCCCGAAGCUUUUAACGAAUCAAAGUAUAUCGGAUUUACAAUGUAUACAACAUGCAUUAUAUGGCUGGCGUUUGUGGCUAUAUACUUCAGUACUGCUAAUAGUAUAAUGAUCAGGAUUGCCACUAUGUGUUUUUCCAUCAGUUUGAGUGCCACCGUAGCUCUAGCUUGUAUGUUUACACCAAAAGUGCACAUCAUUAUCUUCCACCCCGAGAGGAACGUUAGACAGUCUAUGAUGGUUCCUCGACCAGCGUUCGGUAAAAAUAACAUUCCCAAUAAUUGUAUUCGAGUGGAUUCGGGAACGCAAUCUGACGGUAAGUAUGGUGUUUAA